AUGGGUGAACCUCAGCAAGUGAGUGCACUCCCUCCACCCCCAAUGCAAUACAUCAAGGAAUAUACAGAUGAAAACAUCCGGAAAGGUCUAGCUCCUAAGCCUCCACCUCCAAUAAAGGACAGUUACAUGAUGUUUGGCACUCAGUUCCAGUGUGAUGACCAUAUCAUCCGCCCUUUGGAAAGUCAGGGCAUUGAACGACUUCACCCUAUGCAGUUUGAUCAUAAGAAAGAGCUAAGAAAACUCAAUAUGUCUAUCCUUAUUAACUUCUUAGAUCUUCUAGAUAUCUUGAUUAGGAGUCCUGGGAGCAUAAAACGAGAAGAAAAGCUGGAAGACCUGAAGCUGCUUUUUGUCCAUGUGCAUCAUCUUAUAAAUGAAUAUCGACCCCUUCAAGCAAGGGAGACACUGAGAGUCAUGAUGGAAGUACAGAAAAGGCAGCGCCUCCAAACAGCUGAAAGGUUACAGAAGCACUUGGAAAGAGUUAUUGAAAUGAUCCAGAAUUGCCUGGCUUCUUUGCCUGAUGAUUUGCCCCAUACGGAAGGAGGGAUGAGGUUAAAAACUGACCCAAUGGAUACUGAUGGCAGCAAAAAUUGUAUUGGAGAAAAUGAACAGCGAGAAAAUACUAGUCACAGAAGAGACCAGAUCAUGGAGAAAGAUGCUGCUUUGUGUAUCUUAAUUGAUGAAAUGAAUGAAAUGCCAUGA